GAACUCCCGCUGGAGGGGCUAUGGGAAGCAGGGCGCACACACGCCCUUGAUCCCCGGAAAGAGCGCGUGUGGUUGUGAGAGUCCGUGUGGUGGUCACAGGGGCAAUGGUGCCUGGAUCUUGGCAGGAAAUAUUGUUUUUAAAAGUCUUUUUAAAACACAAAACUUCUUUCUGGCUUCUCCUCCUCCUGCCCUUCCUCCUCCUCCUCCUCCUUCCCCUUCCUCCUUUGUGCUUUGCUUAGUCCUGUCAUCUUCACAACUCCACAUCACCUCGUGCUUGAUAUAAUUUGUAGUACAGCGAGAGAUUUGCAGAAUAAUCAGUCAUUCCUUUUAAGCAAAAAACAAACAAGAUCUAAACCUUCAGGUAUCUUUCCCCUCCCCCCCCUCUAUUCUCUUUAGGUAUCAUCAGAUAACAUCACUGCAUUCAACAUGUGUUCGGUAGACCCUGAGAUUCAGCAGUUUAAAGACCCAUAUGAACAGUUUAUAUAUCAUCAUCUUCAGUACUAUGGUUAUUUCAGAGAUGAGGAAAAUUUCCCUCACAAAUUUAGUUUUCCUUUUGAAAGCUGGGAGAGCUCAUGCCAUUUAUUGACAGCAGGCAACUUCUGCAAAAAAGAUAGAGAAGAACAUGAUUCAGACAAGACCCUACUCUGUUCAUUGGUCAUGGAAACUGCACUUCUUAAAAGUAAACAGCGCAUGCUUGAUCAAUUAGAAAGCCCUAGUAUCUUGCGCUUACGGGAACCUCGGAAUCUUUUUUCUCUUCCUAGAGGUAGAAAUUCAAAAUUGACCCCACUCUGGCCAAUCGAAUGUGAAGUAAUUGAGGAUCAUAUCUAUCACACUGAAUGGGUUCCUCCCGAACCGGAACCUUUUUAUCAGCCAACUGGAAAUGAAUUUGCACCGGAAAUAGUUGGAGAGAGUUCUGGAACCAUUGUCUAUUUCAUAGAACCAGCAAUUACAGGUACCUAUUUUAUCGCUUCACGAGUUGGAGGAUCAAGGCAACCUAUCAAGUCAGCUGCCGUCAGCUUAAAAGAUCCAGAAGACACCGUACUGUUAUUUGAAUCACGCUUUGAAAGUGGGAAUCUCCAGAAAGCAGUCAGGGUAGGCGAAUAUGAAUAUGAACUCACUCUGCGGACGGAUCUUUAUACCAGCAAGCAUACCCAGUGGUACUACUUCAGAGUACAAAAUACUAGAAAAGAUGUCAAGUACCGCUUCACAAUUGUUAAUCUGAUGAAAGCCAAAAGCCUCUACAAUAUGGGGAUGAAGCCUCUCAUGUAUUCUCAGAAGGAUGCUGAGUCUCAGGGUAUUGGCUGGAGGAGGGUGGGGAAUGAUAUCAAGUAUUAUAAAUACAACACAGAAGAAGGUCAAACCCUCUAUUGCCUCACAUGGACAGUGUGCUUUCCUAACAGCUAUGACACAUGUUACUUUGCUCAAUUCUAUCCAUAUACCUAUUCAGACCUACAAAAUUAUCUUUUGACUUUGGUAGGGAAUCCACUCUAUUCUCAGUAUUGCAAACUCCGCCCUCUGUGCAGCAGUCUAGCUGGAAACAUAGUAUACCUUCUCACUAUUACCAAUCCAUCCAAAGGUGCCAUUGCUGCAGCAGCAAAAAAAGCGAUUGUACUAAGUGCCAGAGUCCAUCCUGGGGAAACAAAUAGUUCGUGGGUGAUGAGAGGUUUUUUAGAUUUUAUCGUGAGUGAUGCUCCUGAUGCUCAUCUCCUUCGAGAUCUCUUCAUAUUUAAAGUUGUGCCCAUGCUGAACCCAGAUGGAGUUAUUGUGGGGAACUAUCGCUGUUCGUUGGCAGGAAGAGACUUGAACAGAAACUAUAGGACAGAACUAAAGGAAUCUUUCCCCUGCAUUUGGUAUACUCGGGCCAUGAUCAAGAGAGUCCUUGAGGAACGUGAAGUUCUGCUCUAUUGUGAUAUCCAUGGGCAUAGUCGAAAGAACAAUAUCUUCAUGUAUGGCUGUAACAAUAAAUAUGCACAAAAUGGGUUACUUCAUGAGCGAAUCUUUCCUCUUAUGAUGAGCAAGAAUAUUCCUGAUAAGUUUUGUUUCAACAGCUGUAAAUUUCAAGUUCAGAAGUGUAAAGAAGGAACUGGACGAGUUGUGAUGUGGCGAAUGGGAAUACUAAACAGUUAUACUAUGGAAUCUACAUUUAGUGGAUCAACACUUGGUGCUAAAAGUAACUGUCAUUUUACUUUUGAGGAUCUCAAAUCUUUAGGUUAUCAUGUCUGUGAUACUUUAUUGGACUUUUGUGAUCCAGACCGCUCCAAGUUCCAGCAAUGCUUGCUAGAGCUUACAGAUUUACUGAAACAAAAAAUCCAGACUAAGCUCUCAGAGUUGGGUAAAAACAUGGAAAGUACUUGGAGUGACAUCUCUCUAUCUGAUGUUGAAUCCAGCACGAGUGGGUCUGACAGCUCCCAAUCAGAUGGUCCUCCCGCACACUUGCUCAAGAUGGUAGAAAAGGACUGUAAUGAGAAGAAGAAAAAGAAGAAGAAGAAACUUCUGCGAACCAGGAAAGAAAGAAAUGAUUUGCAUCAGCAAUUUUCUGUGAGCCAUGCAUUAAAGCACAAGGAAAAAGUUCUGGGAGAAAACUCAAGUAACUGUCAAAAGUGUCAAGAGAUUCCUAGAGGAAAACAGAUUGUUCCCCUGACUGAAUGUGAGUUCAGGAUCAAGAAUCCUAGCCCCCUCCUGAUAUCCACGAUUCCUCUAUCACCAAUACAGCGACCCAGCUUCACAACAGCAACCAUCAAACAGCUUCCUGCUCCAUUUUAUGUGCAUUCUAAUGGUGAACUUAAUGGAAAACAGGAUGCAGGUAUCUCUCUUCCAUCAUCCUGCCCUGGAGUCAAACGGUACAGGUCCUUGUGGUGGAAUCCUGAAGUACCUUCUGUGACUUCAAUGCUACGUCGAAGUCUUUCCUUGAAAUCUCAGAUGCUAUUAGGCAAUAGACCUAGGUGGCACUUGAGUCAAAGCAGGUCACAGGUUCUUCCUCAUCGAGAAUUCAUAUGGAAGCCUUUCCAAAUUGACCCCAUACUUCUGAGAGCAGAGAAUGAAUACUGUGCCAAUACCAAGGGACUUCAAAAAGCAAACGGCCACAAAUAUUCAUCACAAGAUAGCAGAGAAACUACUCAAGGCAUUAGGUUUGUGUACCAGGAACCAUGAAACCAUGAAUUUUUAAUAAGCUACACUGAGUUUAACAGCUGGUCAAUGGGAAAGCAGGCAGUCUCCUGUUCUGAUUAUUUGUCACAAGACUUUAGUGCAAAGACAUCUUUAGUGAAUGAGAAUUUGGAGCCCUCAUUACAAAGACAGUAAAUUCCCUUUCCACAGAUUAAUUGCAAACUAUUCUGAAGGACGGGUUUUCCUCCUUCAAUUAAUAUCUUAAGAGAAGUUGCAUACAGAUUACCCACCUAUUUGUUUUGCUGAUAAGAAAUAAAGAGGGCUAUGUGUGGAAGGAGAUUUAUGCCACAAAGGAGAAUUAUCAGCAGGAAGCUUCAUGAACCUAUUGGAAGUUUUUCAUCUCCUCUUGAUUAUUUUAAUAAUGUGCUCCCUAAUGAGAUUCAAAAUCAGCUCAGGGAAAAAUCAGUGCAUGAAUUUAGAACAAAUUCAAUGAACAAAGGGAGAGUUAAGUGUCCUUCCUUCUUCUUGAUUUUUCUUACAAAUAUCUCCACCACCAUUAAAUUCAUAUAACAUUGGCAAAUGUUGCUUUAGAAAACUUCUGCAAUAGAAUAUUACUCAACUCUUUUCUAGUAGGAAAAAUAUUAUGCCUCAGUAAUGUAUGCAUAAGGUUUUCUUUUUUAUGAUGAAGGAUAAAUCGCAAAUUCUAGAAACUCAGUUUUAUUGUUCAUAGGCUAUUGUAAGAAUACACCUGUUUAUUGCUACAAUGCACAAAACGCAAGCAAAACUGUUACUGCAUUUUUAUCCUUUGGGUGAAUGUAUCACUUCCCUAUUUCUUAGGAGUACACUGACAGAUUUGGACUCUCAUUACUGCCUUAGCUCAUAAUUUAAAAAGAAAAUGUGUAUACAUUAGAGUACAGAAAAUUUGCGCUGAGGAUGCAGAGAUCAUAAAAUAAUGUUUAUGUUCUUAAAGUUGGGCAAAAUUAAAUCUCUGUUAAAGUAUAUUUAUUGAAGCCAUGUAUCGGAAUGUGUAUUUUGUUAUGGAUUUGGUGUAACAUUAAUGAAGUUUGUAUGUGACUUACAAAGGUUAACAGAUUUUGAAACUUAUUCAGACUGGGUUUUGUUCUGUUAUUAAAAAAACCUAAACAAAUGACAAAUUAUAAGUACAGUGUUGAAAAAUACAUGAUUGUAUCAGAAAUAUUAUUUUACUUUUGUAUUGUUCACAUUACAGAUUAAGGAACUUUACAUAGUAAGCCUUGCCUAACAGUCAUUUAUGUUUCACUGAAAAACAGUAUAAUGGCAACUAAAAGACAUGAAAGAUUUAUGAGCUAAAUUUAAGUUAAUUCACACAAAGGACCUAAAUAUCUGAUUACAUUUGGCAUCCUUGGGUAUUUUUUCCUAUUGACAAAAUGACCAUUUUUGAAAAUAUUUUCUAGAAUUCUUUUCCAAAAACUAAAGUUUUUAAUCAUAUCUUAAAUACCAAUUUAUGUUCUAAAAAAUAGAAAUUGCCUUAUUUUUGUUAGUCUUUAUAAUUAACUAUUACUAGUCUUUAAUAGUAAAUAGUACUACAGUAAAAUUAUAAAUUUGUCUAAUUAGGAAAAACACAGAACUUGAAAUAGAUUAAUGAACAAAAUAUUCAUAAAGUAUAGAAAUUCUGUGUCUCACUUUCACAUGGGCUGAGCAGAAUUAAACACUGCAACAAAGCCACUUUAUUGGUUUUUGUAGAAAUGUAUGGCUGGCUGAACAGAUUUUUCUAUUGAAGCAAAGUGGCUUGUCAAAGUGAUAGUCCUCCUUGAUACUAAUUGGAGAUGUCAGAGCAAAGUCCCUUACUUUUUCCAUGUUGUGACACCACUUUAUUCCAGUGAUGAGAGCAGCACAGCUUGUGCAGAAUGCCAUAAUGUAAUGCCCAGAAUGCUUUUAAAUGUUUUUGUUUUCAUGAACUUAACAUUGAUAAAAUUUACUGAACACCCCUUAAGUGUAUCUUGCUGUUUUAUGAAUGUUUAUUCAACUUUGUUUACAAAUCAGUGAUUUUCCUUCUAUGCUAAUCAAUAUGCAUUCAUUGUCCUUAGUGAAAAGCAGCUCUCCUGGACUCUUUUGGUGCACAUUUUAGAACAUUCCACUUCUAUUUUAGUAUUGUAUGUGAAUUGUGGGGUGCAUGUUUUACUCAGUACUUCCUCUGUGAUGAAUACCCCCAAUAAUUAAUAAAAUUCAGGAAACUAUA